AUGGGAUCAGCUACAACCAACAGCUCAUCUGAGAAUGGAGCUCCUGCCAACCAGCGACCUGCCGCCGAGGCCAUUGCUUACCAAGGCGAGCGUCUGCCCAACGUUCCAGACGACUUAGUGGUACCCGGAAUCCUAAAUCUGGACUUUGAGGAAAAGCUUUGGGUGCCCCAGGCUCCAGACGUCUGGUUCCGACCUAUUCUUUUCAAUGUUUCGCAGGGUUACUUUGUGAACCUGCUCCGCGUGCGUCGCUCGGGCAUUCUGUCGCGCCACCGUCAUUCCGGUCCAGUCCACGCCACAGUUUUGAAGGGUAAAUGGCAUUACCUCGAACACGAUUGGUGGGCUACAGAGGGAAGCCACGCUUUUGAGCCCCCGGGCGACAUUCACACCCUUGAGGUGCCAGACGGUGUCGAGGAGAUGGUUACAUUAUUCCACGUGACGGGCGCGUACAUAUAUGUCGAUCCCCAGGGCAACCCUGUUGGUGUGGAAGAUGUUUUCUCCAAAUUGGCUAGCGCAAAGGCACAUUAUGAAAAGGUUGGACUUGGUUCAAAUUACGUCGAUCAGUUUAUUCGUUGA